GGUCAAUCAAUUAAAAAACGAUUGACCUUAAUUCCAAGUUAAUAUUUUUUCAUCUUUUCAUUUUAACUAUCCCUUUGUGAAACAAGUUAUCUUUUGUAUGGACAGCAAAGAUAUAAUCAUCUACAACAUGUUAAGACCAUGCAAUUUCUUAGUUGCAAUAAUCAACACGUGUAAUUUGCGUAGUUUACAGCAAUAUCAACAGAAUUCAUUCAACCCAGAAAAUUCUUGGUAAAAAGAAGAAAGAAAAAAAAUAUUCAGUAUAUGAAUGAAACUAUCUGUGCCUUCACUAAGUAACGGUCACAUGGCCACUUCUCGAACCGUGACAACAUUAACACCAAACUUCACACUUGCUCCUACAUAUCCCGCUCCUUUCCUCCCACAUCAUGCAUCAGUUCCAAGUAUAUAUCAUCAACACCUUGCCUUGCUCAAUUCCCAUCAUUACCAACCAUGGAAGGUUGCAAAAAGUCUCCACUAAAGCCUUGGAAGAAAGGACCAACCAGGGGCAAAGGUGGCCCCCAAAAUGCCGCAUGUGAGUAUAGAGGUGUUAGACAAAGAACAUGGGGCAAAUGGGUGGCUGAGAUAAGAGAGCCAAAGAAGAGAACCAGACUCUGGCUUGGCUCCUUUGCCACAGCAGAAGAAGCUGCCUUGGCCUAUGAUGAGGCUGCAAGGAGACUCUAUGGCCCUGAGGCUUACCUUAACCUCCCCCACAUGCAACCUAACUUCACCACUUCAAAAUCUCAAAAGUUCAAGUGGUUCCCUUCCAGGAACUUCAUUUCCAUGUUCCCCUCACGUGGACUACUCAAUCUCAAUGCUCAACCGAGUCUCCACGUCAUCCACCAGAGGCUGCAACAGCUUAGGCAAAAUGGGGUGGUUGCAAUUCAUCAAUCACCAGAUCAUUCAAGUUCAUCCACUGAUCCAAAGGUGGUACAACUUGAUAACCUAGGCUGCCAAAACCAUGCAGAAACUCUCCCUCCAGUGCAACAUGAUCAUGCUCAAACUUCACCUCAGAAAACACUUGGUGAUUCUGAGGAGAAGCCUCAGAUAGACCUACUUGAGUUUCUUCAACAGAUGGGAAUACUAAAAGAAGAAAGAGGGUCAGAGAAAACUGAGAGCACAGGAAGUUCAACACUGUCUGAAGCUGCAUCAAGAGAUGACAGUGAACAACCAGGAGUGUUUUCUGACAUGAGUGUUAACUGGGAGGAGUUGAUUGAGAUGCAUGACCAUGGAGUUGCGGAUAAUUUUCUUGCAUCAGAAGGUAUCCAGUUUGAAGCAUGUGACAUAAACGAGGACCUUACUUUCUCUUCUUCCAUUUGGAACUACUAAGAAAACUAGUCAAGAAAAUAUAAUAUAAAUAUUUUAUAUGGCUUUGAUAUGGUUGAAACUAGUUAAGAAUAGGUGAUAAGUAGAUCAAGUGAUCAACAAGUACUAUAAAUAUUAUAUAAUCAGAAGGUGUUGGACCUUUGAUUUACUACAAGUACUCUAUUAUUGUUGUGUUUUCAGCAGAAAAAAAAAUGUCUUGAUGUUGGCAGCUAGCAAUGUAUUAGAGGGAAAGUAGCUUAGUCCUGAUUGAGAAUGGAGAUAUAUCAGUCUGCUAGUAAAAACAAUCGACAUAUUUUCAGUAUUGUGGGGACUUCAAAGUGAAACAUUAGUAUUUUAUGUUUCCUACCCCUUUUGCUUUGUUUCCUCAACGGAUGUGAGUCAGAUAGGAGAAAUUAAUUAUUAUCAUAAUCCUCGAUUAUUAUGGUCUCAGUC